ACACGCGCGUGGUCACGUGACGUCACGCGCAGUGGGCGGGGCGUCGCUGGGAAUCAGGAACAAUCUGCUAAUGCUCCUGCCUGUGUUCAGCGAUCCCGAGCAUAUGCAUUCCUCUUCUUAUAUCUUUCCACCUAAAAGAAAUGCCAGCAUGGACUCUACAUGUAAGAUCAACGCCGCGAUGAGUAUUUGGAGAAGACUGUCUCUGUUUGUUUUGGCGAGCUCCCUCUGCUUGUGCCUGUGCCGAGCUGAAGACAGUGCGAUGGAGAACAUCGUGACAGAGAAGAAAGCUGAAGAAAGCCACAGACAAGACAGUGCCGACCUGCUGGUCUUUAUCCUGCUCCUCACCCUGACAAUCUUGACCAUAUGGUUGUUCAAACACCGCCGCUGCAGGUUUCUGCACGAGACGGGGCUGGCUAUGAUAUAUGGGUUGCUUGUGGGUGUUGUCCUGCGUUAUGCUAUUCAUGUUCCCAGCGACAUGAACAAUGUUACACUGAGCUGUAAUGUUAAUGCCAGUCCAGCCACACUGCUGGUGAAUGUCAGUGGUAAGUUCUAUGAGUACACACUGAAAGGAGAGAUCAGUGGCAGUGAAAUCAAUGACAUUCAGGACAACGAGAUGCUCCGCAAGGUGACCUUUGACCCAGAGGUCUUCUUCAAUAUUCUCUUGCCUCCUAUCAUAUUUCAUGCUGGAUAUAGUUUAAAACGAAGACAUUUCUUCAGGAACUUGGGCUCCAUUCUCGCCUACGCGUUUGUGGGAACCGUGGUGUCUUGUUUCAUCAUUGGGUUGUUUAUGUACGGCUGUGUAUUGCUGAUGAAGCAAAUUGGCCAUCUGGGUGGCGAUUUCUUCUUCACUGAUUGCCUUUUCUUUGGUGCCAUUGUCUCAGCCACUGACCCAGUGACAGUUCUGGCCAUCUUCAAUGAGCUGCAGGUGGAUGCUGACCUAUACGCUCUGCUGUUUGGAGAAAGUGUUCUGAAUGAUGCCGUCGCUCUCGUACUGUCCUCCAUGCUGCUUUAUUAUGGGAGGCAAAGUGGGGCGGGGCAUCACAGCCCUAGAGGUGUGGCUUAUACAGAGGGCGGGAACCAGACACUGAGAACGCCCCUCAAUGGGUCAAUCGUAGCAUAUCAGCCUGAGGGAGACAACACUCACACGUUUGAAGCCAUGGCCAUGCUGAAGUCCUUUGGCAUCUUCCUGGGGGUCUUCAGUGGUUCUUUUGCUCUGGGAGGGGCAACUGGAGUCGUAACUGCAUUGGUUACCAAGUUCACUAAGCUUAGGGAAUUGCCGUUGCUGGAGACGGCACUGUUCUUCCUCAUGUCCUGGAGCACAUUCCUACUGGCCGAGGCCUGUGGAUUUACAGGUGUGGUGGCAGUUCUGUUCUGUGGAAUGACACAAGCCCAUUACACCUUUAACAAUCUGUCUCCUGAAUCUCAAGACAGGACAAAACAAUUAUUUGAGCUUCUGAAUUUUCUGGCUGAGAACUUCAUCUUUUCCUACAUGGGCUUGACAUUGUUUACCUUCCAUAACCACGUCUUCAACCCGAUCUUCAUAGUGGGCGCAUUCCUGGCUGUGUUUCUGGGCAGAGCGGCGAACAUCUACCCUCUCUCCUUCCUGCUGAACUUGAGUCGUAGAAACAAGAUCACCUCCAACUUCCAGCACAUGAUGAUGUUUGCAGGUCUUCGUGGUGCCAUGACCUUUGCCUUGUCAAUCAGGGACACGGCCACAUAUGCACGGCAGAUGAUGUUCUCCACCACGCUGCUGGUGGUCUUCUUCACCGUUUGGAUCUGCGGUGGAGGCACAACUCAGAUGCUGUCCUGCCAGAAAAUCCGUGUUGGAGUGGACACGGAUCUGGAGAACUUUAUCGGCCCUGAUGGAGUGGAGAGGAGUAGCACUAAACAGGAGAGCGCCUGGCUCUUUAGGAUUUGGUACAACUUUGAUCACAAUUAUCUAAAGCCCAUUUUGACACACAGCGGCCCACCGCUCACCGCCACACUUCCAGCUUGCUGUGGCCCUCUGGCGCGCUGCCUCACCAGCCCACAGGCGUAUGAGAACGAGGGGCAGCUGAAAGACAGCGACUCGGACCUGAUCCUGAACGACGGUGACAUCUCGCUAACGUACGGUGACAUCACUGUGAGCACAGAUGCUACGGGUGCUCACACGAGCGGGACGCCCGUCGGAGGAGUGGCCGUGAACUCUGACGAGGCUCUGGACCGAGAGCUGGCAUUCAGCGAUCACGAGCUGGUGAUCCGAGGCACCCGAUUGGUCCUUCCCAUGGAUGAUUCGGAGCACCCGCUGCCUCUGGACUCCCGCCGGCACUGGCACAAGAACGAAACGAUGAGUUGAACGGGGCGAGUCUCUUCUCUCUAUCAUGUCUCAUCCAGAGUGAUCUCUCUCAGCACCGCUCCUGUCUCUGAAGUGGCUGGUUUGAUGUAUCGUCACUCUUUCUUUAAUGUCAUCACAGAAAUGUCAAUUAUUUAUCCACUUCUCAUUCGCAAGUGUUUACGGCCUCUAAUCAGACCACUUAGCAUCUGACAUCACGGAUCGGAAGCAUGCUUUGGUUUCUCUGAGGUUAUCACGACAACAGAAUAAGCAUACUUUUAUUGUCUGUAUAGCAAGGCGUAGAAUUGCCGUGACCUGGCCUGCAUGCUUAUUUGUGUCCUCUCUUGACGUGCGAGUGCUUGUUUAGGAGAUGCGAAGAGUCCGUGGCACAUUCCUGUGGGUCUGAUGCUUUUUACUGCCUUCUCUCAUCAGGGGCGUGCUGAUUGGUGGCUCUGCAUUUGCUGUGCAGUUACAAUCAAGUGCCUGUCAAAUGUAGUUUCCCCCCUUAGAGCAAAAUGACACUCUUUGCCAUCCACUAGAGGGAGGCCUUGUAUCUUGAUACGGUUUGGUUCGUCUGAGCUGUGCAGGCAGACUCCAUUCACUCUGAGUAACUUGUGUUUGGCUGUAGAGAUGUGCUUGGAUCUUAUAUUGUGACCUUUGACUGUGAAUCUCUGAAGGUUUUUACGCCUUGUUUUUGGUUUUGUUCCACCCAGUCAGAAGAUAGAGAGCCAUUCAUACAGUGCAAUUUCUUUUUUGUUGUUGCAACAUUUUUCUAAAAUAACUAAGAAAAUAUAUUAUUUUCUUCUUUUUGUCCAUGUAGUUCAAAUCAUUUAUGAAAUAAAUGUCAUGUUUGCGAAUGUCUAAAAUAACAUGCGUUUACCAUUGGGAUGACAAACCCCCAAAAAUAAAGUAAAAAUUGCCCAUACUUUUUGUAGUAGGGCCAUCUAGGAUAAUGCAUUGAGCAAUCUGUUAAAAGAAAAAGAAAGAAAUGCUAAUGGGACUUGGGCUUUUUUUUAUUCCUAAUUUUUUGCAUGACAUGUUAUGUGGAGAAGCAUAACCUUCCACGUUCCCUCCCAAAGUCCUUUUUGUGUGUUAGCGGUUUCUAACAAAUUGAAAACUCUUUAUCUAUCUAGAUCAGUGUAGCGAUUUGCACUGACACGUUGUGUUUUUUACAUUGGUUGGGAUGAGAGUAAUUCUGUAGCUGUUCCGAUUUUAGACUCAUUUUAAAAGGGCUGAAUGAAUAAAAGAAAUUUUAACGUUCACACCCAUGGAAAGAAAAAAACAUUUGUAUUGUUCUGUCUAAUGGUUUCAGGCUGGACAGGCAUCUGAAAAAAACUGGGUUGGAUUUGCAUGCAGUUAUGAAUUCUGUAUUAAUGGCAUUAGAGUAAGAUCUUUACAUUUAGACCUGCAUCCCAAUUUGCACACUUCGCAUCCAUAAUAGAAUGUGAGGAUUAGAAUUAAUGCCUCCCAAAUGUUGAACUUUUCUCAUAACUUGACAUAUUUUUGGCAGAAUAUUAUAUAUAAGGUGUUCAGCAUUAUUUUAAAUUUGACGAGAGAUAAAUAGCUCCAAAACUGAUAUUCAAUUAUAUUCCAAUACACAAAAUCAUGAAAGUGAAAUUACACCAAUUAUUCUGUUCAAAAGUUUACAUAUCCAUGGUUCAACAUAUUGUUUACCUCAUCGAUCAACUGUGAUGUGUAUAUACUUGAUUCUCUUAUGUCAGAUAAUGCUAGCUAUAUAUAUAUAUAAAAAAUAAAAAAUUAUUCAGGGGUGUGAUUACUUUGAAUAAACCGUUCUUCUUUUUUAACACUCGUAUAAUCUAUGUGCUCCUCCAAAAAUACUUAAAACACGAACAAUGAGAGCUUGAGUGUAAGACUAAUCAGACCUGUGCACCCCAGCUUGGGCAAAGUAGCAGAAGCAAGUUGAAUGGGCUUUAAUGGUGGUAAAUGUGCUGUUUGUUCUGGUACGUAGCUGUGUGUUAGUCACACUAUGUGCAGCUCUACUCUAAUGUGUUGCAGGUACUGACUGUUUACAUCCGUGUAAAUAUUCUCAUCUGUUCAUGUGUGUGCAAUGGUCAAUAAACAGAAGCCUGUGCUUUCGAUUAAAUCAUCUUGUAUGGCUGUUUUAAUCUCCAUAUUCCCGGACUAUAUUCAUAAAAACUGGAUCACUGCUGGAACUCUUUUCUUAGGCUUUGACAUCAUUCCUAAAGCAGCUGUUUGGAAGCUGUGUAAAUGAAAUAUGUCUGAUACAGCAGGGUUAAUGGCCCCUAGAUAAAAGGCCCUUUUGAUUUGUUUUCUUCUAACACACUAAAUAGCAACAAGCAC